UCAGCGCCGCCUGCUCCCCGCCGUAAUGCAAUAAAGCCGGGAGCGGGAAUCAGCUGUUGCUGAGCUGCAUCGAAGGGAGCUGGAACGGGAACUAUUGUAGCGAGGGACUUUUUUUCUUUAACAUAAAGCGUAGGACGUUUAAAAACAAACCCUCCCUGCUGAGUCUGCAGAGCGCGGAGAGGAGCUUGUGCCUGAGCUAAACUUUGAGCCGGUCACGAGACUUCCCAGCUCUCUGGCUGCGGGGGAGUGGGGGGUCGGGUUUCUCGCCUGAGUCACCCCGGGAGCCAGCAGCGCAGAGCCCCGCGUGCAGAGCUUAGCAACAGAACUGGAAAGAGCAAAAUGACGACAACUGUGAGAUAUGAACAAGGGUCAGACCUGCCAGAAGCUGAUGGCUUUCAAAAGACAGGGGAGGCCAGUGUAAAGAUUGAUGAUGGUUGCGUUAAGGAUAAUGAACCAGACACUUGCUCCCGUACUAUUAAGAAAAAGAUUUCUCCAUUUGUGAUGUCAUUUGGAUUCAGAAUAUUUGGUGUUGUACUCAUCUUUGUGGACAUCACUCUUGUGAUUGUGGACCUAGCUAUUAGUGACAAGGAAAAGAGCAUAAGAGAGACCCUGGAAGGCAUUUCCUUGGCAAUAGCGCUCUUCUUUCUCGUGGAUGUUCUCCUGCGAGUGUUUGUGGAGGGCUUCAGCAAUUAUUUCAAGUCAAAACUGAACAUUUUAGAUGCAGUGAUUGUUGUGGGCACCCUGUUAAUUAAUAUGGUAUAUUCCUUCUCUGACUUCAGUGGUGCAGACAAGAUCCCAAGAAUGGUUAUCGUCCUUCGAGCUUUGAGAAUUAUCAUUCUGAUAAGAAUAUUUCGCCUGGCCUCACAAAAGAAACAACUAGAAAAGGUGACCAGGAGGAUGGUCUCAGAAAACAAAAGGCGCUAUACAAAAGAUGGCUUUGACCUGGACCUUACUUAUGUUACUGAUCGUAUUAUUGCAAUGUCAUUUCCAUCCUCUGGGAAGCAGUCUUUCUAUAGGAAUCCUAUAAAGGAAGUUGCAAGAUUCUUGGAUACAAAACAUAAAGACCACUAUACAAUCUAUAAUCUUUGCAGUGAAAAAGGUUAUGAUCCUGUGUACUUCCAUUACAGGGUGGAGAGAGUCUUUAUUGAUGACCACAAUGUUCCCAGCCUAGAGGACAUGCUGAAAUUUACUGCCAAUGUGCGUGAGUGGAUGAAAAAGGAUGAAAAGAAUAUCAUAGCAAUUCACUGUAAAGGAGGCAAAGGCAGGACUGGAACAAUGGUUUGUACUUGGCUCAUUGACAGUGACCAGUUUGAGAGUGCAAAGGAGAGCUUGGACUAUUUUGGAGAGAGGAGAACUGAUAAAAGUACAAGUUCCAAAUUUCAAGGAGUUGAAACACCAUCCCAGAGUAGGUAUGUUGGGUAUUAUGAGAUCCUGAAGAACAAGUAUAACUUGAAACUCCCACCGGAGAGACAGCUCAAAAUAAAGAACAUCAAAAUCUACUCUAUUAAUGGAGUUGGAAAAGGCAAUGGAAGUGAUCUUAAAGUACAGAUAAUUGUGAAAAAGAAAAUUGUAUUCCAUUGUGUUUGUGCCACUCAAGAAAACUGUAGGUUAUUUUUUGAUGCUGAAAAUGACUUUGCAGUAAUUGGCUUGGAAAACUGUCCUGUUAUAUGCGGUGAUGUGAAAGUCCGAUUUGAAUCACGAAGUGAUCUUCCGAAAGGCUAUGAUGACUGCCCAUUUUUCUUCUGGUUCAACACCUCUUUCAUAGAAAAUAACAGGCUUUACCUUCCUAGAAGUGAGUUGGAUAACCCUCAUAAAUCCAAGAUGUGGAAAAUCUACAGGGAGACAUUUGCUGUGGAGUUGAACUUUGUAGAACCAUGAUGAGAACCAUGUCAGCUUUUGUUUAAAAAGUGUUCUCUCAAAGAAUCAUGUUUGGUCUUCACCAAUAUGGUGGCAUCUUCUGAGAGUCUGUCAUGUAAUUCUUGGUGUAUUUGUAUGGAGAUACAGUAUAUCAAUUAAAAGUUGAA